AUGCGCAAAGGCCUUGCAUCAGAAGAAAACUCCAAGCGAUCCUCUAUUUCCUCAACGAGACUGUCGAUCUUCCCGCGUCCCCUGGUUCGGGCCGCAGCAGCUACCUAUGGCGAGAGACUAGCCUACGCACAGAACACAUGGUGUAGCCUUGCGUCGAAGUUGUUAUCGAUGGGAAAAGGCACAUUGCUGUGCAGAUAUCCCUUCAUAAGUCUUGCGUCAUGGUGA